CCAGCCUUAGCGAUGGACGAGUUUGCGCAGACCCGCGGCGCGGACGAUUUGUUUGACGAUGAAAUCAUUCCAGUUUCGGCGGAGGAACAGCAAGCCCAAACCGAAGUUGUUGUCCCUGAAUCGGAGCCGGAAUCUGUUCCCCGGAAGGAAACGCCAGUGAUUGAGAAGCAACCUUCUCCGCGUGGGGACACACCGCAACGGGGCCGAGGCGGAGAGCGAGGCCGUGCUCGUGGUUCUGGUCGCGGACGCGGCCAGGGAAAGCCACGCGGUGGAUUGGAGGACUCCAGAUUUGCUGAUACUAAGCCUGCUUCGACCCCUCGACGAAAGGGCCCUACCAAGACGCCAGAGCCAUCGGCGACUCCGGAGGCGAAAGCUGCAUCUCCGGAGAAGCCCCAAGAGGCAGCCAAGGAAGAGAAUGUUGAAGAUGAAGAGGGCAAUGGCACCGAAGCACCGCGGGUACCGGCUGUUCGCGGAGACCGAAGUGCUACCGGGGGUGUGAGGAAGCCCAAACUUACCGAAGAAGAACUCAGCAAACGGAUUGCCGCUGCUAAAGAACUUGCCACUAGAAAGGCCGCAGCCCAUGCCCGAGCCGAGGCCGACCAUGCUGCUUUUCAAGAGCGAGAGCAGGUAGCAGCCAAGAAACGACGCGAGGAACAAGCAAAUCGCCGCGUGAUGGACAACGAGCGUGAGCAGAACCGCCAGCGGAAACUCAAGGCUCAAACAGGCCGCGAAUGGGACUCCGAAAAACGUGAAGAGGACUAUAACCCCCGCGGUGGUGGCAGCCAAUUCCGACGAGGUAUGCACGGUGGAGUAUCUGGAUAUACCCGAAACGACUUGAAUCAAGGCACGGCCGAUGAUGUUGCUGGGGGCAAUGAAAGUCCCGGUCGAGGACGCGGGCGUGGUAGCCGUGGUGGCCGUGGCCGCGGCCCUUCACGUGGGCCACGGGGCGAACGCGCAUCCUCCAAGGAACCAUCCAACAAGACGGACAAGAAAGCCGCACCCGGGGUCAACAACGAGGCUGAUUUCCCCUCUCUCCCCGCUGGAAAGAAGCCGGAGGACGCGCCAGUGUCUGUACCUACGGAGAAACCGGCGGCACCAGCUAUCAAAGCGCCUACCUCUAUGGAAAACCUCGAUUCUACCUUCUCCCCACUCACUGGCACUUGGGCCGACUCAUUGGACGACUAG